AUGUUCGCCCAGCCACCACCUCCCAUCGCAGAUAUCUCAACUUCCAUAUCCUUUUGCAGAUAUCUCAACGUCCAUAUCCCUGUGGAGAGAUUUCCGCACGUCAUCCCUCGGGCCCGUGGUGACUCCGGCAACUCUGAAAUGUGCUCGUCUGUACACUCCUCCCCACCAUCGGAAGCUGGUAUUUGCGUCGUCCCUCCACGAGGAAGAUAUCUCGCGUCCGGGUUCACAGCCUUCAUAUAUCAGGACGGCGACAUUAUUCUCAAGUGCCCGAAGAACCUCCCCGACUCCGAUCCCGAAAGCAACCAACUGUUCCAGGAUUUAGUCAACAACGAGCGGGCCAUCUACGAACGGCUCGGUCCGCAUGCCGGAAUCCUCACGUACUAUGGAGUGGACGAACCGACCGGCGCCACCAAGCUAGAGUACGCCAACGACGGCGAUCUUUCCGACUACAUCAAGAGCCAACCGCCGCCAUCGGAAGCCCGUCGCGUCGAGAUGAUUCGAUUCCUGGCCACGACAUGGCUUCACAUCUAUACCUCCCACGUGUCCAUUCAGGACAUCAAGACGGACAACAUCCUGGUGCGGGACGGCGUUCCGAAGGUCGCGGAUUUCACUGACAGCGUGGUCUUUGAGGACGAAUGUCCCAGAGACGAUUUGAGGAGCGACCUUCUCGGCAUCGGUUGCGUUAUCUACUCGAUCGCGACAUGGGAUGUGUUUGGCUUUGAUUGGGGGGAGGGAAAUCGCUGGCCGGGUCCUGAUCAGUUUAGGCCCGUUGACAAUGUCUUGUUUGGGGAUGUCAUCGCUAAAUGCUGGACCGGGGACUAUGAUAGUAUGAAUGGUCUUUAUGGCGACGUUGUGAGGCUCGCUGCUGGGUUUGGCGCAUCAACUGCUAGUGGGAUCGUUCCUCCUUUCCCGGCUGAAUGA